AUGGCAUAUUCUACUCAAAAGGAUUUUUUUCAUGUACCGUUCAUGGAUGAACACUUGGAAUUCGCGUGCCGCCCGGACUGUGUAAAACUGAAGCGUUAUAACUCAAUUAUAGCUGACAGCGCUUGGGCUCUGGAUGACAAAAAGCAAUCUAAAUAUUUGUAUGAUUUAGUGCUUUGCGAAACGCCGGGGCUACUGAAGACAUGUUCCAAAGCAGAUAUGGGAAUGUCCCGAGUAGCAUCUGGUGCCGGAGACGAGGGCUUGCUAACACAGUUGAGCUCUAUUAGUGCUGGGGACAGUCUGCUUCAAUGCGCCAACACCCAUUUAGCGGAAUAUCAAAAAUUGCUUAACGUUAAAACUUCGUUAGAAAACGAACUGAAUGUUUCUAAUGAACGUCUCAAAUCGGCUACGCAAGAGAACAAGAAAAUCAAGGAAAUAUUAACUACCAAGUUGGAUGCAAACACUUGUAAAGAUUUCUAUAACAAGGUGAGAGAGCUGGUGUCUUCCGGAAAAUUAAACAAAAACGAAGAGAACGAAAUGUUACAAAUACAUAAAAAGAUUGAAAAUAUGCUGAAAGCCUACGAGAUAUUGCGAGCUGAAAAUAACUACAUUAAGCGUCUAGUAGAGAAAUUGGCGAAUCGUUGCUCUUUGGAAAAAAUAAAAACUGAACCAGAGCAAAGUAAAGAUGUAGACUAUCUACAAAAAGAAGUCGACAAAUUACGUAAAGAAUGCAUUAUGCUCAGAGAUAUGGAAGACGGCUACCAGAAAAUAAAACAAGAAAUGCAAGAUAAGUAUUGUUCCCAGAAGCGUUUGUCAGAUCGAGAUGCGGAGAAUAUAAAAGCUAUCAUCAGCGAUCGUAAUAAUCUACGUGACAAGUGCAAGUCGUUUAAUCAAAGGGUCGGCGAUAUGCAGAAGAAGGAGAGAAACUUAAACAAAGAUUUGGAAAACAAAGCCAAGUCUUGUGCUAAUUUGGAAGCGGAGAUGCAAAAAAUGCAAAAAUACUACGAGGACCAAAUGCAGCAGGCCUGCUUUAGGGAAGAAUGCUUAAAGGCCCAAUUAGAGGAUUUGAAGGAGGACUUCAUGCAAGUUAAAUGCCAAGCUCAAAAAUCUGAUAUGUUACAAAUGGAAGUAUCCUGCCUACGUAACGAAAUACUUAAGCGUGAUAUGGCUUUAAGUGAUUACGACUGCCAAUAUAAACAACUUAUGUAUAAAGCAAAACGUUUUAAAAGCGCUGGUUAUCGUAUACUGCCACCAGCCGAACCACGUGAAAAUACGAUGUACGCGGAGCUUUUCCCAGAAAGUUUAACAGAAGGUUAA